AUGGAUAGCAUGAGUGAGGCAUUUGAUCAAAUGCAAAUGGUCAAGGAUGUUCUAGCCAACAGUGAUAAAGUUUCAGAGGUCCUGAAGGAGUCUACUCAUCAGUUCAACCUGCUUACUUCACCCACUUUCCUACCAAAGCAUCAAUCUGAUCUCUCUCUCAUGGCAGAGAAGCUAGGCAUUGCUGGAGCCUUGCAGCGCCCUACUACUUCAAUCAUGUUUGGAGAUGCAACUUCUAAGUCUCCUCUUGGAGUGUUCAAGAACUAUCACUUGAAAAUUGGAGAAUGCAUCAUCCAAACUGAUCUUACUGUGGGACUAGCUCAAGCAAUGCCUAAGGAGGUAAAGGUCAAGCUAUGGGACCUUAAACAAGCUCACUUGGGAGGAAGUGACAAAGGAGCCAGCUCGACCGACAGCUCGAUCGAGCCAGAAACGAGGGUAACUCGAUCGAGUUCCUCAACUCGACCAAGGAACUCAACUUCAAGAAGCAACAAGUUCAAGAUGUUGAGAGGUGAGGGAAGCCAAGCAGCUAUGGGAAGAAAGCAAAGGGCAGAGAAAGCAAGAAGAAUGAGAGAGAAGGAUGUCCAUAGAUGA